GGAUUCUUUGAGGUGACCAUUUUGACUGUGCCGUGCCGAGUAUUGUCACAGGUUAUGUACUCUUGAACAUCUUCACAACAGUGACUCAUAUUGUUCGUCUGAGGUAUCCGUGAAUCAUUCGUCUUUAAGGAUAUCAGUAAGAAUUAGAUCCUGGAUCCUGUAUCCUACCAUCAGGAUGUGAUGAAGUAUACAGUUCCGUUACACUUUACUUCCAGGAUACUCUUGCAGUGAUUUUUCUUUUAGCCAAUGGAUUAUUGUGUGUGACGUGGCACGAUGACCUUGGAGCGUAAUGCCGACUACCCCCAGCAGAGCAUGUCCACAUCGACCACCACAACGAAGGCCAUCGAUGUCCCCAAGAAAGAUGAACCCAUGUUCAGCAGAAACAGCCCCAACAUGCUCAAUGUGCUCACGGCCAGCUCAGACUUCGAGUUUACAAACAGUACACUGCGUCUGGAACAUGACAUAGACCAGCUGAGUCUGACAGAGAAAUCAUCCAAUGAUUCCACCCCUUCCCCGACAGUAGCUCGGUCCGCGCCAGUCACUCCUACCCACAAUCCAUCAGGAAGUGUCGACGUUGGUUACCGGGACAGCCAUCAGCGUGGCUUUUUCGAGGGUCUGCUAGGAUGCCUGCGACCGGUGUGGACAAUUAUUGGCAAAGCGGCAGCAGCAGAAUUGAAACAACAAGAUGACUGGGAGAUCCCGUUUGAGAACAUCACUGACCUCCAGUGGUUGGGGAGCGGCGCGCAGGGUGCUGUGUUCCUUGGUAAACUCAACGGGGAGGAAGUGGCCGUCAAAAAGGUCCGCGAUGUCAAGGAGACGGACAUCAAGAACUUACGCAAACUCAAUCACCCAAAUAUCAUAGCAUUCAAGGGUAUCUGUACACAGGCUCCAUGUUACUGUAUUAUAAUGGAGUACUGUCCAUACGGACAGCUGUAUGAACUGCUCCGAGAUGGCAAGGAGAUCCCCCCUACCGUCAUAUUGGACUGGGCCAAGCAGAUAGCCAGUGGCAUGAACUACCUCCACUCUCAUAAAAUCAUACAUCGAGACCUCAAGUCACCAAAUGUAUUAGUGUCGAGCAACAAUGUGAUAAAGAUUUCUGACUUCGGCACGAGUCGAGAAUGGAACGACAAGAGCAUAAAAAUGUCGUUUGCUGGAACCGUCGCAUGGAUGGCACCAGAAGUGAUCAGAAAUGAACCGUGUUCGGAGAAAGUCGAUAUAUGGUCGUUUGGUGUGGUGAUUUGGGAGCUGUUGUCGGGAGAGAUUCCGUAUCACGACGUUGAUUCGUCGGCCAUUAUAUGGGGGGUUGGCAGUAACAGCUUACACCUUCCUGUUCCCACGACGUGUCCCAAUGGCUUUCAACUACUCAUGAGACAGUGCUGGGCCGGAAAACCCCGAAACCGACCGUCAUUUCGGCAGGUCCUCAUGCACCUCGAGAUUGCAUCGCCAGAGUUGUUGUCGUUUGGGCGUGAGGACUUUCGUGACGAGCAGCUGUCGUGGCAGGAUGAGAUCCGCGAACACUUCCAGAAGAUGAGGGCCGAGGGAUCGCACUUCCCACAGCUGGAGGAAGAGCUCAUUAAACGCAGGAAGGAGGAACUCAGACACGCCCAGGAUGUGCGCGACCACUAUGAGCGGAAACUGGAGAGAGCGAACAACCUCUACAUGGAGCUGACGGCCUGCAUGUUACAGCUGGAGAAACGUGAACGCGAACUAAUCAAACGAGAACAAGCGUUAAUGUUGUUCUCCAGGAAAAAGAAAAGUAUUGUGAGACCAAUUAUUAAAGCUCAGGAACGCAUUGAGAGAAUCGGCAAAAAGAGGUCGUAUAAGUCAGCUGGAGCUGACUUGAACAGUCCAGACUCCCAGAAGACAGAAGGAAGCAUGACGACAAGCUCGGAACAAGUUCUUCCAUCACCGACCAAAAUCCGCGCACGGAAAAGCCGGCACCGUCGAAUCAACAGCCGCGGUCAGAUGAAGGAGAUCAUGUCGCCCAUCAAAGACGGGUCGCACGACGAACACCAACAUCAGAGUAGCGGCGGCAGUGCCGUGAAGUUACAGCACGUCGACCCACACGGCGUGACGCCCAAGUCGUUCAAAUACAUGGGGCCGGGGACGGCAAUCCGGGAGUACAAGAGCGAAGAUGAGCACCGCGACGAUUCCAGCGAUCAGUCGUUCCGUCAGAAAAACAAAAACAACGCGGUUGCCGUGGACGACCGUAACCUGAACGACGUGUGUUUCGGAUGCGACGGCGGGUGCAGCGACGCGACUUGCAGUAGCAAAAGGUCGAGUCAGGUGAGCGCCGACGUGGAAAGCAACACUUGCGACUCGGUGUGCAACAGCCCGCGACACCAGACGCAUCAAGUGUACGGCUGUAUAGAGAAUGUGAACCCGGUGGACCUUCAUCUUCAAUCAAAGAAAUUCAGGGAAAAGGACUCAAACGAGAACCUGAGCUGCCCGUUGGAGAUUUCGGCCGGCAUCGACAAAAUGACGGCGGACAUUAACGAGAUUCUCAUUCUCGAGGACACGAAAAAAAGGGCGGACAAUGCUGUCGAUGGAAGGGCAGAUAACUGUGCUGAGAACCCAGUGAACAAUUCAAACGUUAACGUCUCGGUAAAGAGAGGGAUUAGCGAGGCGGAAAUUUCUCCGAAACAUUCACCGGUUCUUGAACAAGUUAAAAUAUCGGAGACGGUACCCAUGAGAAAGAAACCUGCAGUUAAGUUCAGAAAUAUAAAGCACUCCGAAGAUUCGUGGUCAGAAGAGGAAGGGGAGGUAAGCGAAGACGAGCGCCGUAAACAGCGUUACCGCCAGUCGUGUUCGACGCUGAGCUCAGAAUGUGGCGUGUUCUCAGAGGAGGAGCACAACCCGUUGAAGGACCCGCAGACCGAGGAAGGUCUCCUGUCGACAGGAAGCACGGAGAACCUGCACCGCGAGCUAGCGCGCUGUUCCUACAUCUCCGAUGGGCUCUCCGACCGCGAGAACCAUGUACGCAAUCUCAAGGAUCAGGUCUGCUCACCGCCACAGGACAGAAGAAGAUUUGAGCCACACACUUUGGAGAGCAGCUCUGACGAGGAUGGACCAGUCAAAAUACCAAAGAAGAAAAACGGAUGGUAGAGUUCAAGUCACGACCCAUGUUGCAUCAGUAGUGCUUGGAAUUCUGGGAUAUCUAGCUCAUCUAAACAGUUACCACAAGAACUCAUUGAAAAGAACAUUCAUUUUGAUGUUUAAACUCAUCCUUCAGAACAAAUUCACAUGGACUAGAAAAUGUCAAAGUCUCUGACAAUUUCAUAGUGGAUAUAUAGAAGUAAUAAAUCAUCUUCCACAACAAGGGAUUUAACAUCUUCAACUAAAGGGUUUUGACAUCUUCCACUGAAGGGAUUUGAACCUGAGACUCUCUGUACAAGAAUCCAGUGCCAUAUCUACUAAGAUGACAGGAAAAUCCCCUCUAGCUACUGCCAGUAGGAGUACAUUAUACCAACACUACUACUAUGUGACAUAUACCUAUUCUAUGGCUGGUCAAGCUUGUGACUGUCCUCUACGAGACUUGCUGAUGCUCCAGAAUUCAACUAUAGCUGAAGAGACCUUAUGGACCCAAAUGGUCAAGAUCCUUCAAGCAACAGUGGUUACAUUGGAAAUGACUCCUCUUUAACAUAUCUAACUGUGGCUCCCAGACAGUGCUACAAGAAACAUUGAUUGUCUCAAAAGUGAUCUCUAUGCUGGCAAAUGCUCCCAGAAAGAGGUGUGGACUCCAAAGAAGGUAAAGGGCUUCUUAAAAGUGAUUAUCUCUCUGCUGAUCCAUAUCCAUCUAUAUCUGUUAAUACAGCAGCAAAUCUAGGUGAAGCUCCCGGAAAGAGGUGUGGACACCAAAGAAGGUAAAGAGCAUCUUGAAAGUGACUCUCUCUGCCGAUCCACAUCCAUCAGUAUCUUUGAAUUCAGCAGCAAAUCCAAGAGAAGCUCCUCCCAUAGGCUUGUUCUAGAAGGGACAUGGGUCAUCUUGAAGGUGACUUUUCCGCUGAUCCACAAUUCAUCUCUGUCUGUGGAUUGAGUAGCAAAUCUGACUGAAUUCCCAAGGAGUGUGUAUUGAAUGUGGCAACUACUUUCUCAGUGUGUUAUCUUGACAACUUUGAGAAUGUUUGUGUGAUUCAGACUGUUCAUGUUGACAAAUGGCAACAGAAUGUUUAUGUUGACAGCUGGCAACAGUGUUCUUGCAGGCAUCUGGCAGUUUCCAACUGUUCAUGUUGACAGAUUUGCAACCAAGAGUUUAUGUUCACAAACGGCUAUGAUGACAAUUUCAAGUGUUCAUGUUGACAGAUGGCAAAUUAAAAGUUCAUGUUGACAGAUGGCAACCAACUUUUCACGUUAACAGAUGGCAUCCAAGUGUUCAUGUUGACAGAUGGCAACCAAGUGUUCAUGUUGACAGAUGGCAACCAAGUGUUCAUGUUGACAGAUGGCAACCAAGUGUUUAUGUUGACAUCUGGCAACUAUUAGAGCCUUCAUGGUUGUAAAUGACAACAUUGGAAUAAUGUUCAUAUUGAAAAUGGCGAUUGUUGACAGAGGGUGGUAACCUUGGAUGGUGUUAAAUUGGUUUAGAGUGAUUCGAUUGUUGAGUGCUUUGUUAUGACGAUAAACUGAUGUUUGUACACAGUGAGUUACGGAUCUGCAAAUUGUUAUGAUGAACACACCUUUACUUUCAUCAUUGUGUUUCCCUGCUGAUUCAGAUUUUGAAGGGGAAAAAAAUAACUUAAUUAGUGACACAUCAAACACUGGUUACUAAGCUAGAGAUUUUCAGUUGUCUUGUUUUUUUCAUAUGAAAAUGCACAAAUGUCUAUAGUUGGUGCAAGUUUUGUGUUUCUGGCCACGAUGAAAGUUUUCGUAUUGACUUUGUUGUACGUUAUAAGAAGGAACUUGAUGAAAAGCUAUUUUCUAAACCAGGGAAAACAUCGUAUAUACCUCAGAAAUAACUCAAGCUCUUGAAAUCUGCAUCGACUUGUGUGAUCGUUUUUUCUUUAUUUGACGAGAGGAAAACAAACUGUUUUGUAAACUGUUAGAAAAGGCCAUUAAAAUUGUAAGGAGGAGUAAUGAGUUAAUGGUCUGUCUCUUUGCUGUUGUGCAUACCUUUAAAUUUCAUAUUGAUCAUUCCAGGAAAGUCCAUUUUAAAUAGGAUGUGUCAUGUUGCUGUUGUCUAACAAUAUGAUAAAUCAUUUAUAUAUGUAAAAUAUUAAGAGUAAAAAAACCAACAACAAAAUAUGUCAAUAAUUUAAUUCCAUGUAACUGCCCAAGUAUUUAAAUUGUUUUAACUGAGUUUUAUGUAAACAUAUUUUGUUAUUCAGCUAACAAUACAUUUGAAAUUACAAAUAAAAUCUGAUUUGUCAAUUUAAAAUGUGAUCUGAUCAAUUGAAAUAUGAUUGGUCCAUUUAAAAAAUUAAUUUAUUCUGAUUGGCUGCAUAUCUAAUUAUUUAGAAUGUUAUUCAGCCAAUCAUAUUCUUUUCAUCUAAUCAGAUGAAAUGUGAUUGGUCCAUUUGAAAAUAUAUUUGAAAACUGAUUAGCUGUAUGUUUUAGAUAUAACCUGUUGACAGUUUGUUCAAGUCUGUUUCCAAUAACUUGAUAUUGUUAGAGAUGUUUGUUAUGUUGGUUCAGUUGAGUUGGAUAUUUGUGAUUAAUCACAUUUGGUUUGGUUACAUUGGUUAACAGAAAAGUUAAGUUUAAAUUAUAGAUUAUAUGAAAGUUUAUUUGAUUACUCCCCAGUCUUUUUCAGAUAUAUCUUUCCUCUCUAAUUAUAAUCUUUGCUGUCAUUAACCACAUGUCCAAUGC